GUGUGAUAUUAGCGAGUUUUGACAUGGCUAAACGGGGUAGGAUGUUUUCUUUUAAGUACAAAACACAGAAUUAAAACUUUAUGAAGGAGGGACAAGGCUGCCAAAAUUACCUCGACUUUACAUCAACAACUAAUCCAACAAAUCAGAACAACGUCUAAAGCACUGCAGACCUUGUUUUCCCCGGUAAAGGUCAGAGUUCAUGAUUCAACGGUAAGGAGGAAACUGAAUAAAAAUGUCAUCCAUAAAAUUUUUUUGAUUAUCUAAAAUUUUGAGCUGUGACAAGAAAAAAUAAAAAAUUUUGUCACUCCUCACAGGAAGGCAAAUUUCGAUACUGAAUAUUUCUAGCAGAAACUAGUUCCAGAAACAAACAUACAGAUACGUCGAUCUGCUAUCAAUACAACAAACAAAACCAAGACAGCUUUUUUUUUUUUAAAUUCACUCUGCGUGUCUCUGGUAUCUCUGAGCAAAGUGGAGUUUGGACAUUUUCCAUCAGUGACAAGCAAACACACACUUUGACCUCAACUUGACAAAAUUCACUCGGACGCAAGAGUCUCAUCGGACCCUGUUGGAGCGAUCUCAGCUGGGAACAGAAAAAGUCAAUACUUCUAAUUACUGAGACAGUUUUAGUGGAUUACACUCUGGUCUGCAGCCAGGUCAGGAGGCGGUCAGGCCCGCUUAUUGGUGCAAGACAGAAAAAUCACGUGAAACUCGAGUUGUGGUUAAUGAACAAAUUGUGUGCAGCACAUGGUGUUGCCGAUGAUUACUCAGCCUGCAGGUCAGCUGCAGCUACAUUGCGCUGUGACUAAUGGCGUAUAGCUGUGUCAGCUAUUUCUAGUGGCAAGGUUGGGUUCACAGAGGGUUUAUGAAUCCUCUGCGAAGAUCUACCUUGAGGGUAGAGCGAGCUUGAAACCGUAAGUGGGUCAGUAAAUAUUUAGUUUGCCCUGCAUGUGAUCGGCAUCUGCUCCGUCAUAAGUUUCUGUCUUAUGUGAAAUCCACUGAAACGUCAUACAACACCGCUGCAGGGCAGAGCUGAUGAAUCCAUUUGAUAAUCAGUAACAGAGUAUUAACACAGUCAUCAUGACUGGAUAAUCGCUGCGCCCACUUCCACAGGAGUUAAGAGGAGCCCUCACGCACUCGCUUGUCCUCCGUUUGGUCCUGAAACAUGAGCACUUUCGUAACUCUCUCGUCGGGGCAGAGGAUGCCUCUGGUUGGGCUCGGCACGUGGAAGAGCGCACCAGGUCAGGUGAAGCAGGCAGUGUUGGCAGCUUUAGACGGUGGCUACAGACAUGUUGACUGUGCGGCCGUGUACGGCAACGAACAGGAGGUUGGAGAUGCUUUGGCUCUUCGGGUGGGUCCAGGGAAGGCUCUGCGGCGUGACGAGGUGUUUGUGACUUCCAAACUGUGGAACACCAAACAUGAUCCCGAGGAUGUGGAAGAGGCAUGCAGGUCCAGUCUGACCCACCUGGGUCUCUCCUACCUGGAUCUCUACCUCAUGCACUGGCCCAUGGCCUUUAAGAGAGGGAAGGAGCUAAUGCCUCGACGAGACGAUGGGAGUAUUUGUUACUCUGACACUCACUACAGAGAUACUUGGAAGGCCAUGGAGAACCUCGUAGAUAAAGGUCUGGUUAAGGCUAUCGGGCUGUCCAACUUCAAUGCAAGGCAGAUUGAUGACAUCAUCACCAUCGCCAGGCACAAACCUGUGGUGAACCAGGUGGAGUGCCACCCUUAUCUGUCUCAAGCAGACCUCCUGUCACACUGUCGGUCGUUAGCGGUCUGUGUGACAGCCUACAGUCCCCUGGGCAGCGGAGACAGACCCUGGGCUUCUCCUGAUGAGCCUAGUCUGCUGGCAGAUCCGCGACUUGGCGCCAUCUCUGAGAGGUACCAGAAAUCUCCUGCUCAGGUGAUACUCAGGUGGAACGUGCAGAGGGGGGUGGUGUGUAUCCCCAAAAGCGUGACGGCCUCCAGGAUCCAGGAGAAUUUAAGGGUGUUUGAUUUUUCCUUGUCUCCAGAAGACAUGAGACUAAUCGACUCCUUUAACCGCAACACACGUUUUAUUAUCCCAACAGUGGAGAAGGAUGGCAAGAAAGUGUGGAGGGAUGGAAAACAUCCUCACUUUCCCUUCCAUGAUCCGUACUGAGCCUUCAAGAAACGCGUUAAAAGUGAUUCUCAAAUAGAUGAUAUGGAAAAAUAAAUGAAACUGAACCUCCAUCAGAAUUGGUGUCGUCCGUUUUUUUCCAGUGACACGUUCACAAAAUUUAUUGAAAACAUGUUUAGUUUGAUGUUCAUAAAAAAAAUUUAAAAAAAGUUAUGGUGAGAGCGACACUAUGUGGCCAAAGACAGAACUGACUCAGUUAUUUAAAGACUCACACAAUCCAACUCGGUGUCAUUACUCAGUGAUAGAGAUCUAGCUCUAGAUCAUUUCUGUACCUUUUGGUUAAAACUUCCAAUGAAUUAAAUUCCCCCAAAAACUUUGAAUAUCACAUUAAAACCAAGGAAUGUUAGCACCAAAAUGUAAACCUACAAAAAUAUGUCCAUGCCCUCCACAGUAUUGGUUGGUUCUCAUUUUACGUGAAUUAUUGAAUCAGUGGCGAGUAGCAUGGAGAUGAUUAGACUGAUGUUCUGCUGAGGUGUUAGAAAAGUUCAACUUGCAUCACAAGUGGCCUCCUUGUGAUGCAAGUUGAAAGUAAGGAGGAACCAAGUUCUGCUGGAAUAUUAACUCAGGGUUUCUAAAGCAGAGUUAAGCAUUUUUUAAGCUCAACUCUAAAGUUCCUGAUGGAUGACUGUGCCAACGUUGUACUUGAUAAAACAAAGAGAGCAAAAAAUAGCAAAUGACAUGGAACCCUAAUAGAAAUUGCAAUAAAAUCUUAGUCGAGCCUUAAAAACCCUUAAACUAAUCUAAACAAACAGCAGAGAGACCUUAGUAACGCCUCCAUUUAGUGAGAUUUUAUUUGCAACAACAUAACCUUGACAAAUUUGUAAUACAUUAUAUGCUACUGUUUAUUUAAAAAAA